UCCGGGUCCUUCCUGCCCUGAGCCGCUCCGCCAGCUCCCUGACAUAAACCGACCACCGGAGAAAAAACGGUAAAUUAACCCCAAAUCCUCGUCAAACCGACCGGGUCCCGGGAGUUAUGAUGGGCGGUAAGACCAGUGCGCUAGCCGCCGGGGUGUGCGGGGCUCUGCUCGUCGGUUACUGCAUCUAUUUCGACAGGAAAAGACGGAGUGACCCCAACUUCAAGAACAGACUGCGAGAACGGAGGAGAAAGCAGAAGGCAGCCAAAGAGAGGGCCGGCCUGGCAAAGCUCCCAGACCUGAAGGACGCUGAGGCGGUGCAGAAGUUCUUCCUGGAGGAGAUCCAGCUGGGGGAGGAGCUGCUGGCUCAGGGAGACUAUGAGAAAGGUGUGGACCACCUGACCAACGCCAUCGCGGUGUGUGGUCAGCCUCAGCAGCUGCUGCAGGUGCUGCAGCAGACUCUGCCGCCGCCCGUCUUCCAGAUGCUGCUCACCAAGCUGCCCAGCAUCAGCCAGCGUAUCGUGAGUGCACAGAGUCUGAGCGAGGACGAUAUAGAAUGAGAGGAUCGAGAGGAAACCACACCCUCCUCCUCCUCCUCCUCUUCCUCCUCCUCAUGUGGACCUCUCCUUCCAUCACGACCUGCCAACGCCUCGGCCUCCAUCACUCUGGCCGACGUCCGUCACUUCCCACCAAGGCGUCCUAAAGGGAAUUCGUUUUUUAUUCCUGGUUUAUCCAUGACAGUAGAUUUUGCUUUUUUUACUUAAAUUACCCGUUUUGGGGUAUUAAUAGUAUCUCGAUCAUAACGCCCAGAGAAUACAAUUAAUAAUCAUACCAUCAUUAGCUUUGUACUGAUUAACUGGACUGGGUGUUGUUGAAAACAUCAAUCGGCUUCUUCCUUCAGGGUGGUGUAGCACACGCCCUGACAGCAUCACGCACCAGGUUUACACUGUCUGACAUGUUUGUACCAACCGUCUUCGUGGUUGUUAUGUUAUAGUAGGAAGUCACAGGAAUCUUCGCUCUGCUCGGAGGCUUCACAGAGUAUUUAUUGUUUUGUUAUCAGUCGUCUUUCUGUUCGGUCUUGACUCGGAAACACUUUUUAAAAAGUGAUGAAAUGUUUUGUUCAUCUAAAAGAGGACGACCCUCUUUAGGAAAAAAAAUUAAAAAAUGUGAACAAACCUA